AAAGUCAGUGAGAAGGUCGGGGGGGCCGAGGGAACAAAGCUCGAUGAAGACUUCAAGGAAAUGGAAAAAAAGGUGGACGUCACCAGCAGAGCCGUGCUGGACAUCAUGACGAAAACUACAGAAUACCUGCAGCCAAACCCAGCGUCCCGGGCGAAGUUGAGUAUGAUCAGCACGAUGUCUAAGAUGCGCGGGCAGGAGAAGGGUCCGGGCUACCCGCAGGCGGAGAGCGUUCUGGGGGACGCCAUGCUGCGCUUCGGGCGGGAGCUGGGGGACGAGUCCAGCUUCGGCCUGGCUCUGAUGGACGCCAGCGAGGCGAUGAAGGAGCUCGGCGAGGUGAAGGACGCUCUGGAUAUCGAGGUCAAACAGAACUUCAUCGACCCGCUGCAGAACCUCUACGACAAGGACCUCAAGGAGAUCCAGCACCACCUGAAGAAGAUGGAGGGCCGCCGCCUGGACUUCGACUAUAAGAAGAAGCGUCAGGGGAAGGUUCAGGACGAGGAGAUCAAACAGGCGCUGGAGAAGUUCGACGAGAGCAAAGAGAUCGCCGAGCAGAGCAUGUUCAACCUGCUGGAGAGCGACAUAGAGCAGGUGCGCUCCAGCUGGCAGCGUUGGUUUCGGCUCAGCUGGAGUUCCCACAGUCGUUCUGCACAGAUCCUGCAGCAGCUCUCCAGCAAGAUGGAGGACAGGAUAAAGCAAGUUUCCACCAAACCGAGGAAGGAGUACAUUCCCAAACCCCGGACGACUCUGGAGCUGCUGCCGCCCACAGAGAGCCUCAACGGGGGGAUAAACUCUGCCAAAUCCCCCGGGAGAUCACCAGCCCCGUUGGACCAGCCCUGCUGCCGAGCGCUGUACGACUUUGAGCCGGAGAACGAAGGCGAACUUGGUUUCAAAGAAGGCGACGUGAUCACCCUGACCAAUCAGAUCGACGACAACUGGUACGAGGGGAUGAUCAACGGCCAAUCGGGCUUCUUCCCCAUCAACUACGUGGAUAUCCUGGUGCCGUUGCCCCAUUAGGACCCCGGAAUCCUCCCAGUAUGAAUCCAGUAUUUACAUAAACAACAAUCCUUCCACUCCUUCUUCUUCGUCUUCUUCUUCGUCUUCUUCUUCUUCUUCUUCUUCUUCUUCUGUGCUUUCACAAAACGGACCGAGAGGAAGAUUUUGGGCGGGAUUCGAUGCAGAAGAGAAGUAGAAACGAGGGAUUUAAAUGGACGCUCAUGAUGUCGCCGGGCAGCAGUGGAUACUAAAGAGGCUUUGCAGACUUGAGUUAGCGGGUAAAUGUGCAUGUGUGUGUCUGUAUGUGAGCUGUUACCUACUCUAUAUGACCGAGAAAGCACAAAGUCCGAUAAUCUGCAACGCCGUCUUCUUCUUGCUGUCUUUUCUACUUUGACUUGCCUUCCUGUGAUUGUCUUAAGCAUCUUUCAGGGUCUUCCCCACCUUCUAUCGCUCUCGUUCCCUUCCUUUGGCUAGCCUCUCAGCAUGGCUCCAUAAUGUAUACAGCUUUUUGACUAAAUAUCUUGAUCCUGCCUUUCUUAGAUUGUCCGCACAGUGGCUGAACGCAUGAACCAGCCGAAUCAGUGAUCGGACGCCCUGGAUUUACUACAGAAUCUGUGCUAGCAUGGCUAAUGCUAAUGUACCAGAUGUGGCUAACCGGCUAGCCUUUCGCUUCACAUUCCAGUGCUUGUAGUGUUGAGCAGAAUACUUAAAAGUAAACGUUUUUAUCGCCUGAAAACUGAAUAUGUUCAAAUACAAAGAAACUUUAUGUAUCCAGAAUUCAUUUGGGCUAAUUUCCGGACUUUACGGACCAAACCAAAAUCCCUAAUAUUUACUAACUAUGAACAUUUUUUAAAGAUAUACAACUUAAACAUGUUAUUUCCAUUCCCUGAUUUAUAUGUUUGGAUGUUUUUACCUUGCCGCUGUAUGACGGACACCAGAAACAAGACUUUUCUGUCGUUUUUAACGUAUAGCUAUGAGAUUUGGGGGUUUCUUUGGAAUAAAGCCGUAUCUGCAAUAAGUAGAUCUUUACAGAAAGACGAUCGGUCAUUGAUUGAUCUUUUAAUAUUUACUGUUUUAAGUGUCGACAAACAGCUUGUGAUUUCCCACUCGACCAGCACAGACCAGUUGCAUUGAACAGAGGGUUUGGGGAACAGAUAAAUCGUGGGUUUUCAGAGGAUAAAUGCUUGUUUUUCUAUCUUUGCAUUACUCUGAGUUACCCAUCCACAGUGUUUUGUGUGUUCUGUGUGGAGUAGAGGUUUGUUAACUCGUCUUAUUCGUGGCUUUUGCAUGCAGGACUCAGUGGUAGCCGUUCUGAAAUCCCUGUUUUAAGUCGUAUAUAUAUCUAGAACUACGAUCAGAACAUUCUGGUCUUUCCACAGUUUUGGUGCAGACUUCUCAACUUUCAGAGAUGCAUCCCGAUGAGAAUGACGGUUGUGGAAACUGAACCAUAGUUUAUUUCUAGGCCUUAAGACCUUUUAUUUAAAUGGUUGAAACUUUGGACCAAUGAUGUAACCGUACAGAACGUUUGGAGAGGCAAUGGUCAGAACGAAAGGCCAGGGAAACACACAGGGGACAAGAGACCACACUUUUAUCAAAAUAACCAAAGUCUUUUUUGCUACAUCGACUUCAUUGGCAUUUUCCUGAGGGAUUAGGAAAGAGGAUGGGGAAAUAAGGACACCAGAGGAUCAAUAAAAUACAGAAUCAUUUGCUGCUUGUAUUGCCGUAAGAUUAUUAGAGCAGCGACGAAAGGUACAUUCAUUGAUCUCCAUUACUUCAAUAUGUGAUAGGAGGCUACAAGCUGAAUUGAUAACACCUGGUCGUCUAGUAAGACGCAGAUAAUGUAUGAGUAAAGGUCAUGUAUGGUUCUUUACUGCGAAACAAACCAGAUUGAACAUGUACAAUUUCACAGAAACACUACAUUUGUUUUGGAGUUUUAGGUGUGAAGAGGUCUUUAAAAGUCGCUCAAACGUUCCGGAAACAGUCUGCGUCUCAAAGGAAAUGAUAAGCGUAAAAUUGUUGAUCAGUUUUAACAGGAACAUACUUUGACGACAUCGUUGCUGACAGAAACGUUUUUCAUUCCGAAAUCUUCGUAUCGUCCAAUAAGAUUCAAGAGAACGGUUUGAACACUAGAACUUUGAACUAUAUGACAGGAACGUUUCUGGAGGGUUUUUAAUGUAUUCAGGUUUAAUCAGAACAUCAAGAAUGAACCCUUAAGGUUGCCUGAUGGUGUGUAAAAUCACAUUUUAAUGUUCUGAAGAGUUCCUGUUCUGUUAGUUAGCGGUCAGUGUUGGUGAAACCAGUUCUUUAUGGAUUUGAUCACUUACAAUGGCUCUAAAGUGGGACUUUACGAUGGCUAUAACUGUUCCUCCAUCAUAGUGUGUUCAUACGUAUCAGAUGUGUUCCUACAAGGCAGUGUUGAACAGUCUACUCUAACUAAGCACUUAUAAAAGAAGUUAUUUAUUGUUAAAAUCUCUUCAAUAAUUAAAUUCCCUGGUUUUUGGAAACUAGAUUUUGCUUUUGGAGGGAAAUAUAAACCGUCAGUACUUUUACAUUAGACAGAUGAGUCCAUUUGUGUCAGUUAUAGGGGUGUAAAGGAAAUGUUGAAGCAUUGUUAAGAUGGUAUGUCCUCAUGUUUUGUUGGUCUGUUCAAACUACAAAUGAAGACUGAAGAACUUACUAAUAUUUACACCAGUUGUUGGAAUGGGUGUCAGUUUGGUGCUGCGUUAAUAUCGACUCCAUUGCACAUUAAACACUGAAUUGUGUCACAGAUCGGACUAUGAUUAACAUUUCUAAAACUUCCCGGAUAUUAUAUUGAAUAUUUAACAUCUCGUCCAUAUUAGUAAAUAAAAAAAGCUUAGGGUUUUUUCUAUCCAGACAAUAUUUAUUACGCCUGAGUUUAUAACAAAAAUGUAUGCUAGCAUGGCUAAUGCUAAUGUACCAGAUGUGGCUAACCGGCUAGCCUUUCGCUUCACAUUCCAGUACUUGUAGUGUUGAGCAGAAUACUUAAAAGUAAACGUUUUUAUCGCCUGAAAACUGAAUAUGUUUAAACUCAAAGAAAUGUUAUGUAUCCAGAGUUCAUUUGGGUUUAAAGGAUCAAAUAAAUGCUAAUUUCCGGACUUUACGGGCGCGGACUAAACCAAACUCUCACUAAUAUGUAGCCUACUGCCUAGGAACAUUUUUGAAAGAUAUAAAACUUAAACAUGUUUUUCCCAUUCCCUGAUUUAUAUUUUUGGAUGUUUUUGAUGGACUCCAGAAACCAGACUUUUCUGUCGUUUUUAACGUGUAGCUAUGAGGUAUUUCAGAGUUUAUACAGUACCUUUUUGGUGUUUCAAAACGUACAAUAACUUCUAUUAGAGUAGGGGUAUCUAUUUACUCUGAACGUGUAUUUUGAAUACCUAACGUCACGAGUUGAGACAUAUUACCCAAUAGCCAUGAAAUAGUUUACAAAAGGAUAUUUUAUAAUGGGAGGACUGGAGAGUUUCCUCUUAAGGGUGUUUCAGACACAAAUAUAAAUACUAUUGAAACAUACGAUCAGUCAAUAAACAUCGAGUACCAAGGCAAUAAAUGAGGAUCUAAUAAUAACAAGGAAGAGAUAAUAACAACGUGGACAUCUCUUACAUUUCUAAAGCACAAACUAACUUUACAAUCUAUCUUUCUGCCAUGUCCUGCUUUUCUGGUUGUAAAAGUUGAGUUUUCUUGUGUUUUAUUUGUCUUUGUUUACGUCUGAAGCCUGCUUUCUGAGUCCGCCUGUGGAUCGUCUGUGAGCUGCAUGCGACUCUACUUCUGCUACAGACGGUUUUCCAUAAUAACAAUCGGGGAGAUGUGUGUCAUGCCGGAAGUUAACGGAUGUUUACUCUUUAUUUUCUAUCGUCCAGCUAUUUAUUUUGUAUGCUACAGUUGUAUAGCACUCUUCUCCAAAUGACAACGUGCUUUAAAACUUGAAUUUUCUUGAAUAUUUUUAUUUAUUUGUGUAAACAGAAUUGUUUUGCUGCUCUUUUUAUUUUGGGUGUUUUUCCCCGUCAUGCUGAUUUGCCCUCUCUGGCGACGUGUAUUCUAACCUCAGUGAGGGACUUGUACAGUGUUACGCUCCGCUACCCCUUUUCACCUUAAAGAGACUGCCUCACUUCAAAUUCAGUCUCUAAAACUGACAGACUAAAGAGGCAAUUGUACAGCCUGUCCUCGAAUGCAUCACAGCUCCAAAGUGAUAUCUCUUCAACAGGGAAAGACUUGGACCAAAAUGAUCGCCCAUUUUCCGAGUGGUUCGGACUUUAGGGGCAUUAACUGGAGUUUUUUCACCAAUUGUCUAAUGUUAUCAGCCUAUUAAAUGAGCAUUAUGAUUGGUUAUCAGUCUAAUAAAAGUCAUAUGGUGCCUGCUUUACAAACUGCUAUGCUAUACAAUCAAUUUACAGCUGCUACGAUGUAAAAGUGAAAUGAAAAUUGAAUGAAACGCAACGAAAACAAGUUGUUUUGUUACGUAAAGGCGACACACGUACAACUUCUUAAUGUAGGCAUAUAGUUCUUUAGAUUUAGGCCCAAAAACCACAACCUUUUUUCGGUUUAAAAUGUCAACUUCUUUUAGUAUAGCCGAGAAAAUGCUCUUUAGGUUUAGGUAGACGAUAAAUAUUGAACUUCUUAAGGAAACAAACUACAAGUAUUUUUGUUUUAUGCACAAAACUCCAACGUCUUUGAUUUGGGCGACAAAAUACGUCUUCUUUUGGAAACUAAACUAUCUAAAUAACUACAACUUCUUUAGGUUAGGGCGAAAAGAAAACUUGCUUCGGAAAGAAUGAUGAUUUGGAUUACAAUAAUUACAAUUACGUGUGUAGUAAACUGAACAUUGUAAACACAAACAAAACAGUUUUACACGGGAAUCUAGGAGUUGUAAAACAAUCGAUGAUAAAACCUUCUAGUUGGUUUAGCCGGUUGAUAACGCCUUUUUUCAAUAGGCUGAUAACAUCGUCUCGAAUUAAGCUUUCCGAUUAUUCCGACCCCACCUUAAUGCACCGCAGAUAAAAACGUGUCCAUGGUCUGCGUUUAACUGUUUGCCUUGUGGCUUUUAAAUGAGCCUUUUCAGCCUCUACGGUGUCUUCUGGUGAGCUACGUGUGUGUGUGUGAUGAUACACACCGUGUUGCUGUUUAUUUAUGUAUUUAUUUAUGUAUUCCUAUGUCUGUCUGUUGACGGUUGUUAAUACAUUGGUGUGAGACAUGGAGGAGGGUUUUUAGGGUUAUAUAAUGGGGGGUGGUUAAUGGAAAAAGCUAGCUGUGAUACUAACUAAGUGUUGCUCUCCUCGUAUUGAACGCUGAUAUAAUCUAAGACCACUGUAUGUAUAACUGCUUGUCGUUAAGAUGAUCUACGAUGUUAUGACAAUAAAGAAUUAACACUAUGGUUAAAAUGCUGUAAAA